CCGCGUGAUUCACGGAAUUGAAUUCGGAAGGCGGUCUACUCGACCUAUUCCGCUUUUCAGCGGCGGCGUCGGGUUGACGCAACGCCGGAGGAUCGCUCUAACUUGUCCCCCCUCGCCGCCCCCCGUUCGCCGUGUUCGAUGACGAUACGCGGCGUAUCGGCGGGGUUACGCGCCGUAUUUUUAAAUCGCGAAUCUUCCGCGAUCGCCGCCUAUAAAUCACUUCCCUCGGUCCGCCGCGGGGACCUCGGUGAGAGUUCUCGCCGAGAGAGCGAAGAAGCGAGGCGUAGAAGCUCGGAGAACGCCUCCGUGUGCCCGUCGGUGUGUGCGUCGGGCCGCGGUACAGCCGCGAAAGAGUAAGAGCGAGAGGCGGCGAGCGUUCUGGGUGGGAGCGAGACCGCGGCGAAAAGGGAUGGAGGGGUCAAGGGAAAGAAAGGAGGGGGCAGAGAGAAGGAUAGACAGCGUUUUGAGACCCCUCGGGUGACCAGUUUAGUUCUGCUUGGCAUUCGAACCGCACGAGAGAUCAUGUGACAGAAGAGACGACCAGGAUCCUCGCCGCACCUCGAUCCAGGAUCUCAGACGCCGCGCGAGACGGGAGCAGCCGGAUCGGCACGAUCGGCCCCGACGAUCCGCGCACACCAGUCGCGGCUCGGCGUUGACCCCGUGUUCCUCGGUUCGCGACAGUGCUCGACGGGAGAGAUCGACUCCGUCGAACGGAAACGCGGCUCGUCCGGGGACACCCGUUUCCUCGGACGCCUCCUCGCGGUUAACAGGAAGUGGCGUGCGAGGCACGCUCGUAACUCCGGGGAUCUUCGUGUGGAUCGAGGUAUAUCGAACCUCGUCGUUUGGCGGACCUGUAGAAUUAACUCGUUACACCUAUCCAAUUGUUCCGGAGUACUCCAUGCUCGACUCCCCGUAUCCCCUAAUUAAAGACUAGCUCGCCUAACGAGGACAAAGCAUCGAGGCGAACGUCGAGCGAAACGUCACUGUAAAAACUCGUCGGUACCAGGAAGCAGAUAUCCUGAAUCCGAGGAGGCCUCUCGUUCGAGAUCUGGAAACUUUCCAACGGCGUACCCUAAACAUCGCCGGCGGACGUCGUUAUCCUACGGUCCUCGUAGCUCCGAAGAUGAUCGCGCCGGAGAGCUUACCCAAACAACCCGUUGACAAGGCGGACACGUGCGCUCCGUUUUAAGUAAACGGAACGCGGCGCGCUGGAAAGAGGAGCGAAAGAGGGAAGGCAAGAAAGGAGGAAGGCGGCGUCCGUCGCGCCGCUCCGAAUGACACUUGUGAAAUCCGCGCGCACAGUCUCGCGGAACCGGGAGCAGGAGGGUCGUUGACAGCGGUGUCGGCCGCGAUAAACGUACCGGUGCGGUCGGGCGCUGCUACCGCUGCCGUUUGCGGCGGCCACGUCGCCAACCGGAAAGAAAAGGAGCAGCUCGACCGGCCCGGCGGAGAAGGAAGUCGGCUAUCAGCUGGUCCCCUUCCGGCUCGAUCGAUUCGGAUCGGGAUCGGGAUCAGGAUCUCCCGGCGGCGCGUCUCACGGGGAAGCCGAAAGGUCGCGGGCCGAGCAGAUAUGAGGUCGUCCCGCCGGUACACGGUCUAAGAAUAUACGCCGCGCGCGAGCGGAUCGUUGAACCGGGGCCUUCCUUUCUUUCCACGUGUCGGGAGGACCGAGUGAAAUAAAUCAGAAACUUUCUCCGCGCGGCGGCCGUCCACUCAGCGCCAGUGCUCUUCGCGAACUAUGUCGGGAGACACCACGUCCGACGAGGAGGGAUCGCAGGAGGACUCGCCGCGGUACGACGUCGACGACCUGGAAAUGAUCAAGACCAUAGGUAUGGGCACUUUCGGCAGAGUGGUCCUCUGCAGGCACCAAGGGACGCCAUUGGCCCUGAAGAUCCUCUCGAUGGUGGACGUGAUCCGACUGAAGCAAGUGGAGCACGUGCGGAACGAGAUCACGGUGCUGAAGGAAGUGAAUCAUCCCUUCAUCGUGAACAUGCUCUGGAGCGGAAGGGACGAAGCGAGAGUCUACAUGCUCCUGGAAUUCGUGGCCGGUGGCGAGCUCUUUUCUUACCUGAGAGCAGCUGGCCGAUUUUCUGGGCCCACCAGCUGCUUCUACGCGGCCGAGAUCGUGUGCGCCUUGGAAUACCUUCACAGCAAACACAUCGUUUACAGGGAUCUCAAGCCUGAGAACCUCCUCCUGGACAGCCAAGGCCACCUGAAGAUCACAGACUUCGGCUUCUCGAAGAAGCUCACCGACAGAACGUGGACGCUGUGCGGCACGCCCGAAUAUUUGGCGCCCGAGAUCAUUCAGAGCAAAGGGCACAACAAGGCUGUGGAUUGGUGGGCUCUGGGGGUACUCAUCUACGAGAUGCUGGCUGGCUUUCCGCCAUUUUUCGACGACAAUCCCUUUGGCAUCUACGAGAAGAUACUCGGCGGGAGGAUAGAGUGGCCGAAACAUAUGGACCCUAUCGCCAAGGAUCUGAUCAAGAAGCUCCUGGUCGCUGAUAGGACCAAGAGAUUGGGCAACAUGAGGCAGGGUGCCGAUGACAUUAAGAGGCAUCGUUGGUUUAAAUUGGUCGAGUGGCCAUUGGUACCCCAAAGGGCUCUAACUCCUCCGAUAAGACCUCGAGUGAAGGCACCAGCUGACCCAAGCUGUUUCGACGACUACCCGGAAACCGAUUGGCGGUCGCAGCCGGCGCUGCCACCGGAACAACUGGCUCUAUUUCAAGAUUUCUGAAGCCGUCAGAAACGAUCGAACUGUUUAAAACGCGAAGAAUACCCCGACACAAACUAUUUCUGGCAACUGCAAAACACAGGAUCGCCGAUAGCGCGUCAAUGGCGUCGCGCGCGAUCUGUACAAAAUGGCGGCCGCUGCGUCGGCUCUACGCUUCGCCUUGUACAUAGACCUUUUGUAUUUCGUUCUGCGUUAUUUAUUUGUACGUGCCGCGUAGCGCGCGCACUCCCCGUUGUUUUUCGUUUCUUUUUAACUGUUAAGACUUUGCAUCGAGACACUUGUAAAUAAAAGCUGGAGGCAGAGGAACGUGACGGAUCGGAGGACAGAACAGGGUUCAAUAUCGAAGAGACGACGGGCGGGAGACACUCGACGCGUGUGUUUCUUUCUUUCCUAACGCUUAAGCGGCGGAAGAGUGUCGACAGAAGUAUAAUAUAAUUUUGUAAGACACGCGUGUCGCAGUAUUGUUACAACGUGUACAUGUGAUACGAAAUUGUUAAGAAUUAAAUCGUGCACUUCCUUUUUUUCAAUGCCGACUCCGACAGCUU